CCCUCUCUGCUUGAGUUGAACAGUUACAAUCUUCUCUCAGAAACAUGGUUCUUGGAUUGAUUGAGCAAUCAUGUAAAUAAAGAAAGAAAAAUAUAGCUGCAGCUUUCGAAUACUUCUGCUUUUUUGGGUGUUGGAAAUUUUGGGAUUUUCAUCUCAAGUUUCAAUUGUUUUUUUUCUUUCUUUGAUUUUCUCACUUUCUUGGGGUUUGGGUGUUUUUUGUGCUUUUGGUUCAGAUGGGUACAGAGGUGGAGAAAGUGAUAAAAAAGGAGGAAAAUGGAGUACCCAAGAAAGAGAAAAAGCUGCACAAUGAUGAUAGUUCAUGCAUACAAAACUGUGCCUCUUGGGAUUGUUUCUUGUCAUGGGAGUUUGGCUACUACCACCAUCUCUUCUGAACAAGAACAAAAAAAAAACAACACAGAUCACACACUCGCACACCGCUCCCAAAUCCCUCUUCUUGUAGACAACAACUUCAAGAACAAAAAACUAAAGUAAAAUAACCUUGUCUUGUGUUUGGUUGGUUGCAAGAGAUCUGGUAUUGACCGACUACUACUACAGUACUACUCUUACUACUACUACUACUACUACUAUUAUCAAGAAUGAAGAGAUCUCUUGGCAGUUCUGAUUCGUUGGGUGCUCUGAUGUCCAUCUGUCCCAACUCUACAGAUGAAAACAGCCCGAAAGGCGACUACCCCAUGUACACGAGGGAGUUUCAGACCAUGUUGGAGGGGCUGGACGAGGAUUGCGGCGGAGGUUGUGUGGAAGAAACGGGACAGGUUUCGGAGAAGAAGAGGAGGCUGAGGGUGGAUCAGGUUAAGGCGCUGGAGAAGAACUUUGAGGUUGAGAAUAAGCUUGAGCCGGAGAGGAAAGUGAAGCUUGCACAAGAACUCGGGCUGCAGCCGCGCCAGGUGGCGGUUUGGUUCCAGAACCGCCGUGCACGGUGGAAGACCAAGCAGUUGGAGAGAGAUUACGGCGUACUUAAGGCCAAUUAUGAUGCCCUCAAGCACAAGUAUGAACAACUUCAGAGGGACAAUGAUUCUUUACUCAAUGAGAUUCUCGAGCUGAAAUCGAAACUGAACGAAGGAGAUGGCGAGCACGACAGCAAAGUUUCGGUCAAAGAAGAGCCAUUAGUGUCCGAAACUGAGGCGAAAACCGAGAUCGAAGCCCCUUUCAUUGAGCUCAACUUCGAGAACUGCCGAAAUGAACUAACAACAAUGAUGAGAGAAGCCUCAGUUUUCGUCGACUUCAAGGACGGAUCCUCGGACAGCAGCGACUCGAGCGCAAUAUUGAACGAGGACAACAACAAUAGCCCGGUCGGGGCAGCUAUUUCUUCGUCUGCCGGGGGGGUUCUCCACCACAGCCCACCGGCACAUGAUGAUGAAUUCUUGGACAAUGUUCACGGAAUUGGACUGUCGUCGUCUGCCAUAAGUCUUCAUCAGUUGUCGGACUCUAAGGUCUACCAGCCGCCGCAGUUCGUGAAGAUUGAGGAGCACAAUUUCUUUGGGGAGGAAUGCUGCAGUAGUUUGUUCUCUGAUGAUCAGCCUCCAACUCUGCAUUGGGACGACUGUUCUGAUGUGUGGAACUGAAUGGAAAGGUGGAAAAUGUAACAAGUAUUCUUGGCACGAACCAUGUUGGAAUAAGGACAUGAGAAGGCUGGUCAUAAGCCCUACUGCAUCCCAGACCGACAAUUUUGUAUAGUUUUAACGUGGGAUUAGUACAUGUAAACAAUGGAGGUAUCGAUGUUGAGGAGAGAGAAAGCAGCAGUGGGGAUGGAGUGGUGGUGUGGGGGAAACGAAUAAUUAUUACUACUACUUGUUAGUAGGUAGUAGAUUCAAUGAGCUCAACGUUAACUUAUUUUGGGGCGGAAAACAUCGGGUUAAAUAUAUUUUACACUCCUGAAUUAUGCACGUCGUAUUUAUUUCUUAACGUAUGAAAAAGAGUUGGAGCC